AUGCAAUCGACCUGGAGUUCGGUAUGGCUAUGGGGAAAUCUGCUGGUAUCAGGCAUUGCAGCAGCGCAGCGUGAAACCGUCGUGUAUCCCCAGAAAUAUCAAACAACAUCGCAUCAUACAGUAAACGCCUCGAGCUCGACCUGCAUCACUUUGUCGUCCUCUGAUGCAACUGCUAUUCUCGACUAUGGGACAGAAGUUGGUGGCUUUCCAGUAUUCGAUGUACAGUCAGUCUCAGGCCCAGCUCAGGUAGAAGCCAAAUAUUCCGAAUCCAGGGUUGCUCUGGACGCACCUUUCGCCGACGGUCCGUGGACGUUCUCAAAUGGGCUAUCCAACACAUUCCGUGUCGAGACCUUCAACGUCACUGAGCUGGGACAUGUCCAAUCCUUCCUCAUUCAAGGCGGCCUCCGCUGGCAGCGACUGCAACUGCUGAACCCGAAGAGUACUAUCAAGAUCUGCCGCGCGGGCAUCCGUUCUGCGAAUGGUCGAACAGCAAUCGAUGCUCUUCCAGGACACUUUGAAUGCUCGAACCCGCUGUACAAUGAGAUUUGGGCCUUGGGUCCACGAACACUGCAGCAGGCCUGUAUCGCAAACCACACGGCGCCGUCUACCUGGGAGGUAACUUCAGAUGGCGUGUAUCUCCGGGGACAGCAGCCAGCUGCAUCCGUCAAGGGUGCAUCCUAUGCGAACUAUACAAUGACCUUCCAGUCGAAGAUAGUCCGUGGCGGUACGGGCUGGAAGGUUGCUUCUGGCGUAACCGGAUACGGCCCAUACUUUGUGCUCACGAGCGAGUAUCCUUCUGAGUUGACAUUCUUGAAUACCAAUCGUACUCUUGUCCCCCCAAACACUUUGGUUGUUGGGUACGGAUAUAACCUGGUCAAUCAGACGUCACUGACAACAGGUGCCAUCAAGCAUUUUCCACUGUCGUUCAAUGUGACAGAGGGCGAGUGGUAUAACAUAUCAACUAGCAUCAACCAGACUGGCUAUUCUGUGUCCAUCAACGACCACCCGGCUGUCUUCGUUGCGCUAAAGUAUCUCCAAACCCCGAGUACCAGCAUCGGGAGCCCCAGUAGUCUCACUAGUGGCACAUGGGCCUUUGGACCGUACCAAGACCAGUUAGCCUACGUCAAGGACGUCAAAGUUCUGGCGCAGAAUGGGACAAUACUAUACCAGAAUCCCAUGGCCAACGAAUCAGUGCUCAAAGAAUAUGGUGUCAUGAUGAACAGCGAAUCCGUUUGUUUGGAUGGCGCCAAACGAGAUCGCCUGGUAUGGUCCGGAGACUUCACUCACACAUAUCGUGUCAUUUCGGCGAGCACCCACCGUCAGGAUUUCCUUACAGGCACAUUAGCCUACAGCCUGGACAGACAAGCUACGUCCGGUAUAUACGAAGGAUUCUUUUCCAUGUCGCCAACAAUGGGCCAAUCUGCGGAGUACGCUUUGAUAUACAACACCUUCGGAAUUCUGGAUUACCAAAUGCUCUUCCUCAACGCCUUUGCCGGCUACUACCUCGACUUCGCCGACGAUGCAUUCCUGCAAAAAUACUGGCCACAGGCAAAGAAGGGAGUCAAUGCAGUCCUGCCGCUGGUCGACAGCGCCUCUGGACUUGUCGUUUCCCAGUCUGUUCCAGGAUCCUUCUUCCUCGGCCCCGCGAAUGGAACCGCGCCUUCAGCUCUGCUAGUCUACACCCUCCAGCGCAUGGGAAGACUAGCCAACAUCAUGGGAGACACCAAGACGGCCACAAACUGGACCACAACAGCAACCCGCAUCUCCAAUGCCAUCAAUAACCAACUCUGGAACAACAAAACAGGAACCUACGGCGAGAGCUUAACCUCCCUCAACACAUCCUCCAUAACCGGCACAGCAUGGGCAAUUCUCGCAGACGUAGCAAACACCACCCAAGCCCAGCGCUCCAUCACAGCCCUCUCCUCCCUACGCUUAGGCAUCGGAUACAAAGAAUCAUCCUCGACCUCAAAUGCACGCAACACCCAGCUCUCUCCCAACCUCUCGGGCUUCCUCCUCGAAGCGCUCUUCCAACACAGCCGCUCCAGCACCACCCCACAGAACGCAACCACUGAGGCCAUUGGCGUCCUCUUAAACCAACUCUGGCCUGCCAUGGUAACACAGGAUAAAUACUACACAGGCACGGCAUGGGAAUACCUCGACGCCGUUGGUCGGCCAGGAUUAGACCUCUACACAUCUCACGCUCAUCCCUGGGGCGCGGCACCUACGUACGUUUUCAUGGAAUAUGUCCUUGGUAUCCAGUCUGUGACGCCUGGGUUUAAGGAGUGGGCGUUCAGACCUGCGUUGCUUGAUGUUGGAGUCUCUUGGGCUAGAGGGAGAGUCCCAACGCCGUAUGGGGCGAUUCAGGGGAAUUGGACAGUUGAUCAAAAGAGGAGGCAUUUGGAUUUGAAUGUUUGUGCGCCAAAGGGGACUAAGGGGACGGUUAGUUUGCCGUUGAAGGCGGAGUCGUAUACGGCUAAUGGGGAGGAGAGGAGUGUUGAGGGUGUAGGGUUAAAGGAGGAGGUUAGUGGGGGAGAGUGUACGAAGAUUUCUGUGGUUUUGAGGUGA